CCAUCUAGUCAGACGGAGAGCCAGCAGCAGGAACAGGAUCUUACUUUCAGAACCAGGCUCCAGUGGACAGCGACACUGCUACAGCAACACCCGGCAUCAUCAUGGUUCUCAUCUGGACACAGUUUGGAGUCAAGCACAAAAAUGUCAACGUCAAGUGCAAAGUUCGCGUCAUGCACAGGGGAGACAGCUCCGGGUCAUCCUCAUCAGCGGAAGGCACCAAGUCCGAGCCGGACACACCGUGCCUCUCCAUCAAGCCCAACGCGGGGAAGGAUUUCUACAAAGUCUUGGGUGUGUCGCAGGAUUCCAACGAGGAUGAGCUCAAGAAGGCCUACAGGAAGAUGGCCCUCAAGUUCCACCCGGACAAGAACAGCGAGGCCGAUGCGGAGGAUCGCUUCAAGGAGAUCGCCGAAGCCUACGAGAUUCUCACUGACCCCAAGAAGAGAAGCAUCUACGACCAGUAUGGAGAGGAAGGUCUGAAGAGCGGCAUGUCUGUGGCAGGGCAAGGCAAAGCCUUCCGCAACCACUUUGCCACCGAUCCCCACGCCACCUUCUCCUCCUUCUUCCACGGCUCCGACCACUUCGACAUCUUCUUCGGCCAAGACAACGAGGCGGAAGACGACCUCUUCAACCCCUUCAGGCGCUUCCCCUUCAGCCACGUGGGCGCCAACCACGACGGCGGCCUGCGGCGGGGCCGGCGGCGCCUGCAGGGCGAGGAGGUGGUGCACGAGCUGCCCGUGACCCUGGAGGAGGUCAUGCACGGCUGCACGAAGCACGUGAAGGUCACCCGCAGCCGCCUCAACGCCGACGGGCACAGCGUGCACUCCGAGGAGAAGGUGCUGAACGUGGUGGUGAAAAAAGGAUGGAAGGCGGGCACCAAGAUCACCUUCCCCAGGGAGGGCGACGAAACGCCCAACAACACCCCGGCUGACGUCACCUUCGUGCUCAGGGACACGGAGCACUCGCAGUACAAAAGAGACGGCGCCCACAUCGUGUUCACGGCCAGCAUCACCCUCAAAGAGGCUCUCUGCGGCUGCACCGUCAACGUCCCCACGCUGGACAACCGCAUAAUGCCCCUGCCGUGCAGCGACGUCAUCAAGCCGGGGGCCGUGCGGCGCCUCAGGGGCGAAGGCCUGCCCGUGGCCAAGUGUCCGUCCAAGCGCGGCGACCUUGUGGUGGAGUUCCAGGUGCUCUUCCCCGACAGGAUCCCGCCGCAGUCGCGCGAGAUCAUCAAGCACAGCUUGGGUCAGUGCUAGCCCAAAUCGGACGCCGUUCUCGCCUGAGGUUCUACAUGCAGUAGGACCGCGGACGGCCCCCACUUGGGUUCGGACGAUGAAAAGGUGCAGAUGUGCACGAAUAUACGAUGCCUGACAGAUGCGGUGUUCGGUAUCUGACGGACGUCUUAAUUGCUGCUGUCACUGCAGUACGUUAUUCAAGUCUGUAUAGACUUACACGGGUGGUAGAAACUUGACUAUAUAUUAUUAUAUGGUGCUCAAAUGACUGCCUUUUUACAUUACUAGCUGCGUGUACUUUGUGUACAAAAAAGCAAAAAUAUUGUCUCUAAGAGAGAUUCAUGUGUCAAUUGUUCUAUUGAAUGGUUUACAUUGUAAAUACUCUGCAUAGGUGUAUUAUUAUUAUUGCUAUUAUUAAUAUGAUCUGAUACUCAAUUGGGAGAAUGGAAUAAAGAAAGCUCCAACCUGA